CUUUUGUUUUCAGAAUAAGGCCUAGGACUGACUGGUAAAUGUAGAGGGACUGCUGGAUUUGGAAAAAUCAUUAUUUUGCAACCAUCAUAAUAAAGAUUGUAUUAGAUAAAAAUCAUCAGAUUUAGCAUAUGGAGUGCUAACUGUAGGGGGAUAUUUUGAUGAAAAAACGGGAUAUUUGCUUGCUUUUGAAGUGCCACCCCACAGACUGCUUGUUUUCUUACAAGGGAGAAAAUGCACAGUAAUUUAAGAAAUUGGACAACACUGUGACUGGAUGAUAAAAGUUAAGAGCAUCAUUGAAGGACAGAUGAAAAUCAUGUGUCUCCAGAUGUGAUUCCCUGAGUACACAUCACCACCUUUGUAGUGUUCUAUGGGUUCUGGCACAGAGUUCUGGAGAAUCAUACAAGUAUAGAAAUAUAUAGAAGAGAAAUUUUGGCUCUUCCACAGAGCAACCAAUCCUUCAGAUUGAAGUUGGUACCAUGCAGCAAGAAACAGAGAGAUGUAGAGUUCGAGCCAAAAGGCCUGACAUGGCACUUUAUGUACCUAAAGCUCGAAGGGGUACAGUGCUCCUCAAUACAUGUGAUAAGGAAAAAAGCUGUGGUCUUUCUAAUUCUGUGAUAAAAGAAGAACAGAGAGAAGUUUGUCUGUCCCAAAAGGAGAUCAUUGGAGACAAACCUGGAGCUCAACAAUUAAGUAUUAAUCCUGAUAGAAAGGAGCAUAGUUAUAGGGAAGGAAGAAAAUCUUCAACAAAAAGAAAAGAUACAUACCUUCAAAAAAGGAAAAAAGAUAAGGUUUGUACUAAGAGAGGAGCCACAGAAUCCAGUGAAGUAUUAUCCCCAGAACAUCAGCAAAAAGUUCCAAAUACAGAGAUUAUACCCACUUCCCCUUUACAAAGACAACCAAAGAGCGUGGCGUGUUUGGAGGUUCAAACUACAGUUGUGACAGAACAUGAAGGGAUACUUCUAUCACAGUCUUGUUCAGAAAUCACCAAGGCUCAGGUUCUAAAACAACCAUUCCAGAAUGUAGACUUAUGUAACUUGAGUAGACUUGAAUCAAGUGGGGAAACUUUUGAAGGCAGAGAUUCAGAAAGCGGAAUUGAAACUGAUGCCAAAGUUGUAGAGAUACUAUCCCAGUUUCCUAGAGUUUUUACUACUAUAUUGAAACCUGAGAAUAUGAGUAUACCAGUAAAACUAAGCUCUGAUUCGGAAAUUGUACUAGAAGGUUUGCAAACAUCAGAUGGAAUGCUGAAGCUCAGCAAUGGAAGUAUCCCUACUGUUCCUGGAAGUCCAGAUAGUGUCAUUGAUCAAACUUGUAUAGACUUUGAAGUUGAGAAUAUAGGAGAUAAAGCCAAGGGUACAAAUUUCAUCUUGUGUCAGAAAGGUAUAGAUUCCAUUCCUGAGACUGUGGGUCUCAUCUCUCAUAAAAUGACUAUGACCAGCAAGUCAGAGAGCACAAAUGGCAUUAUGGAUUCAGCAGUGAUUAGAGAGUAUGAGAAGAAUAAUGUCACUGCUGAUGAGUUAUGUGUAAAGUGUGAACCUUCUGAUACAGUUGUCCUUACUCAUGAAACAGAUACAGAUAAUGGAUCCAAGAGUAUAGGUGAUAUUACCAGUAAGUCUUGUAUGAUGGACACUACAGGUGCCAUACAUGAUCAUAUAACUGUAAGCAGCCCUUGUGUAGUUGGAGUUACACUAGCUGAUGAAACUUGUAGCAAUACAAAUAGUUUCUCAAAAUAUAUAGAUAUAAGUUCAGAUGCAUCCCCUUUUCAUGCUAAAAGUGAGAGUGACUCAGAAAAUUUCAGCAGCCUGACUGCUUGCUCUGAUAUUUAUGUUGAGACUAUUUCAUCUAGUUUUACAGAGUCAACAGGAAAGUUGAUAGAGAGCUUGUCAGAUUGUACUUCCUCCUUACCUAUAAAGAAGAUUACUGGUAGUAAUUGUAACAUUUUUUUGGACUCUGAACUCAGUUUGUCAAAUGGGACAAAAGUACUUUUAGAGAAUGCCUUGGGCAAUGAUCUGGAUAGUAUUGGUGAUAUAACAGAGGCAUUACAUGAACUAAGAACUGCUGAAGAGUUCAAAACAAAAAAGCAGGAUGACUCAGAGAAUAUAGGCUUUGGUGUAUCAGUUCCUGGUGGAGAAUCAUCUAUAGAAACAUCCAUGGAUUUUAACGUAACUGAAACUUCUCAGAUAGAGGGAAAUACUGCUACUGAAGAGAGCUGGGAAUCUAUGUUUAACGAUGAUGGUGAUUGCGUGGAUCCACGUCUUCUACAAGAGUUAUCAGGGAAUAUGAAGAACAGGGAAAGCAUCCAGGAACCUAGAUUUGAUUAUUACAACCAUGAAGUUCCUGAUAUUGAUCUCAGUGAAUGUGAGUUUCCACAUGUCAUUGAAAUUUAUGACUUCCCCCAAGAAUUUCGUACAGAAGACCUUCUACGGGUUUUCUGCAGUUACCAAAAGAAAGGAUUUGAUAUUAAAUGGGUGGAUGAUACACAUGCCCUAGGAGUAUUCUCCAGUCCAAUUACAGCUCGUGAUGCUCUGGGUAUUAAACAUACGAUGGUGAAGAUCAGGCCCCUGUCACAGGCCACAAGAGCAGCCAAAGCCAAAGCUAGAGCUUAUGCUGAGUUCCUCCAGCCAGCAAAGGAGCGACCUGAGACUUCAGCAGCCCUAGCCAGAAGGUUAGUUAUCAGUGCUCUUGGGGUCCGAAGCAAACAGAGCAAAACAGAACGGGAAGCAGAGCUAAAGAAACUGCAAGCAGCCCGAGGUUCCUCCUAUCUAUUGAUAAAACAGGGGCUUUAUGGAUUUAGAGGACUCUUCCUUUAUUUUGCUUCAGAGCUCUCCUAUUCUUUAUGUCUGAGAACAUGCAUAUGGAAAAUUUCCUGAGAGAAAGCGGUUGGAAGCCAAGCAACGGGAAGACAUUUGGGAAGGUAGAGACCAGUCUGCAGUUUGAACAUCACACAAUGAAAGAGCUGAUUCCAUGAAUCAAAAAGUGUUUUCAUAGUCUUCAGAUAAGAGGAUCUUUCCAGAGCUAUGUACAUGCAGGUGUGCAUGUUAAAGAAAGAGAAAAAGUGAUCAAGACAAAGAGUGGAUAUAUAGAGAGAAGAUAAAUUCCUGUCUUCGCUCCUAAAUGCAGCUCUUUGGAAGUGCCCUACUGUAGUGUAUAUAAAAGGGAGCCAUCUGUUGGGAAGAAACAUGGAAGAUGUGACUUCCAAAAGUCCUCUAAACAGGGCAAGUCAUACUAGUGUGGGUCACACUUCCUAAAAUGUCUAAAGCAAAUGCAAAACAGAAAAGAGGAUUCAAACCUGCAAUGAUGGGAGAUUUAGGCCUUGCAAAGAUGGAGCAUUCUUUAGUACCUCACAGAGCUAAGAACAGCAAUACCAGGGGGCAAGUAGGAAACACUUAAUACAAAGAGACAGAACAGUGUCUGCUGUAGUUGACAUACACAGAAUCUACACUCUCAGUUCCAUAACUCUAAAAUUGGUGAACUGCAGCAGAUGUGGGUAUUUGGACUCCAGAGUUUGUACUGAGCUCAGUGCCUGGGGCUGCUCCAGCUGCAUAGCAGCCAGGGGGCUUGCCAGCUUCAUUCCUCAUCAUAAGCCAUUCUUGGGGAGCUGUGUACCAGUUUCAUUUUAAGCAGUAAUGUGUUGUAAGAGAGAGAUUAAAGGCCAUUUUAUGACACAUA